AUGCAACAACCUCAAUUUUACUCACCCGACCCAGCUAUGAUUUUUUCCGGGGUAGUAGCCUGCGCAGCCGAAGUAUGUCUCCCUACAAUAAAUCAACCAUACCCUUCGACUGUUUGCGGAUCGGAAAGACGCCGUCGGUGUGGAGGCUCUAUUGUACGAUACGCUGGAGACGACGAGGAAGAUGAGGAAGACCCUGACGAGGAGGUUCAAGAACAAAAGAAGAGGGAGAUGGAUAGGAAAGAGGCGAAUGCACUGAAGGGAUGUGAUAUUCUUGUUACGAGGUGGAGGAGUGGCAGGCCUUACGUCCGCGCUUUCCGGAAUGGUAAGACGAUCGGAACCCUUGCAUGGGUGUUCCACGUCCAGUCUACCGGCAUCCUCUCCCGACCAUUGGACCAACUCUUGCAUUAUCCCGUACCGAAAAAGCCCAUCGAGAACUUUUCCCUGCAUGUACGUAGCUCUUUUCCAACUGUUUACGUGCCCCAAUAUAUGGAGUGUGAUGCUAACGACUUCACACUGGAAAUCACGGUAACGAACUAUACAGGCGAAGCCCGGGAGUACCUUAAGAAACUCAUCUCCGCCAUGCCGCUUUGUACGUGCCCUUUCCUCUUCUCAUUCCCCUUCACAUCUCCCGUUCUUCCUCUUGCUUCCCAUCUUCCCCUCUCAGCAACAAACGCAAACAAAGCCUUCUCCUGGUCCAUUCCAGUAGCGAAUUAUACCUGGCUUGACUACUGCUUCGUCCAAUGGCGCAACCUCAAAGUUGGAGUGGAGAACGAACAUUGUCUUUCCCCUGGUGUGGAUUUCAGCAUGCUCCUUGGGGUGAGGGGCGUGGGUGUGGGACGGGGGGUCCGAGAAAGAAGUGAAGGAGAUGGGGGACGAUGGUGA